AAUAGCUGACGCUCAACCCGACGGCGCACGUUUGUUUUGGGUGAAACGACAGAGCGCUACUGAAGUUGCUGAAAGUGAAGAGUUUCAGUGCACAACCAGCUUCUCACUUUUCACAGACGAAGCGACAGAGAUCGACAAAAUGUCGUCUGCUGAGCCUGUCGUCAGAACAAAACAGACGGAGAAAGAAGUAAAUGGGAUUUCAACACAGGUCGUCUGUACAGAGUUCAGCAAUUACAUAUUCAUAGUUCUCACUCAGUACGGGAAAAUGGGGACAUUGAUAUCUGUCACACCUGACUCCAGAUCUAAUGAUAUCAGCACCCCAACACUCUCCACCAAAGUACUGCUGGGCAAAGACGAGCCACUGACGCAUGUGUGUGCCAAAAACCUGGCAACCUCUGUGUCUCAAGAAGCUGGCAACAGGCCGGUCUUACUGGGUCUGUCUCUCAAGGAUUCCUCCAUCGAUGCAAUAACACAAAUGAAAGAGAUCAUCAACAGUUGUAAAGUCUGGUAGGGAGUCAACAUAAUGGACACAAAGCCUGAAAGCUGGCUGAAAUACAGGCCUUCUGGAUGCCCCCGAUGUCUCAUGUUUAAAGACUUUACUGUUUACUAAAUGCCAGUCUGUGAUUUGAAGAUGGGGAAAAAAACUGUUGCUGCAAAACUGAAAUGUAUGAAUCCAAUUUUAUUGGGCCUUAUAUUUUUGAUUUGUUGAGGCAGUAAAGUUUUCUUGAACAUAUAUCUGGUUUAUCUGCUUGUAAAGAGGGAUUUUCUGCAAGUCACUGCGCUCUCAGAAAACAGAAGAAUCAAUGUCCAUUGACUAAGUUAUAGUUUGUAAAAUGUGAAAAUUCUGUUUCAUCACUGUAUGAAAUGUGUAUUUUAGAAUGCAAAUAAUCAAAAUUGUUUACUUAAGAGAAUUUAGAAAUAAAGCUAGAUAGACCACUUUUAAAACGUGUCUUUUUUCUGAAGGAUAUUUUAGGCUUUGCACUGGUCAAAUAUUUUAAGCAUCACAAAUAUUCCCAUCAAACUGGAAAAUUGGACCCUGUCUAAUCUUUGUAAUCUGCUUUAUUUAUCAAUCACAUAUGUGAAACACUGGGUGCAAUGCAAUUAAACAUUCAUUUGGAAUAA